CUGUUCUGCCCUUUAGAAUGAGCAGCCUUUGUUUUUCCUUUUAAUCAAAGUUCCCAUUGUAUCUCUUUUCAGAAGCACACAUUCUUGCAUCAAACAUGGGAUGACCAGCUGCCCGAAGGCAGACUUUGGGUGGUGAACGGCGAUCGCUCGGUGCUGGUGUGGUGCCUGGCAUGGUGGGCACCGGGGAAGACUGUGCCCUGGAGUCCAGGAUGUGCUGGUGGGAUAAGCUGGAGCCCUUGCUUAGGUUACUUGGUUCCAAGCAGGGGUUUCUAGCGUUCAUAGUGAGGAAGAGCCAGAGGUGGGACAGAGGACACCUCAGUCUGCACUUCUCAGUGGUGGCACCGUCCUCAGGAGGAGAGUGCGCCCAGGAGCCGGUCAAGUGCAGGUCAUUCAGUAAGAAAUGUUUUACACCUGACACAUGAAGCAGUAUAUUUAAUCUUACUCUUCGUGAUGCACUCUAAUUUCUGUUCAUUCAAAAAAAGUGCUAGUUUCUGACCCGCUGGUGGGUGGUCAGUAGCAGUUUGGAAAACACUGGACUUGAGCCCGGCUACUCCCAUGUCAGCAUCACCCGGGUGCUCGCUAGAAUGUGGGACCUUGGCCCUCCUUGCACAACAUGAGAAUCUGCAUUCUAGUCUUAACUUCAUUUAGGCGGUUUGGUUCACAUCACAGUUCGAGGAGGCCUGGGCGGGACGACAGCGUCUGGCCUGCUGGCUGGGGAACCAUCACUGGGUUGUCCUUGCCUGCGAUUUGGCGAAACCAGGCGAUCUGCUCUAAGUGGCUCCCUCAGCCCUCUUGCCUCCUUGUUUCUUCUGCCCGCAGCGGAGUCAGCCCUUCUCUUCAUGGGCAGAAUUGCAGGUUGUCAGCUCCUUACCCAAGGCUAAUGUAUACCAUGUGGAAUUGCUCCGUUUUGUCCGCACGGCCUCCUGCUUGCUGUGGGCAUGAUUAGGAGGCUGUGGGACUUCUUUAGAAGAAGUGCACAUGAAUUGCAAAGGAAGAGCAAAUCUGCUCUAAACACAGCAAAGACCCGCGUCUUUAAUGAAGGGUUAAGUCCCACUCAGAAGCGCCUUUGUGGGCACUGAUUGCUCUGGCAUCUGCGUCACUGCUUGAGUGUGAAGGAGGAAGGGGUGCAGGCUUCACACAGGGCUGCCAGGAAAGACAAGCAGCCGCAGAGCUGGAGAGGAGCCAGUCAGCCCGCAGGAUGCCGCUGCCCCUCUGCCUGCUGCUGCUGCUGCUGCUCUCCGCGGCCACCGCUGCCCUGCCUCCGGAGGGUGGCCUUGCCGGCCAGGACAGUGACAGUGAGCAUCUGCAGGAAGUGGCCGAAAUGAAGAACAGCCUGUUGACUUUCCUGGCUUGGUGGUCCGCGAGGGCCUCCCAGGCCAGAGCAGCGCCCUUCGUGGGAGGGGCGGCCGGGGAGGUGUCCAGGCGGCAGGAAGGCCCGCCCCCGCAGCAGUCCAGGCGCCCAGAGAAGGUGCCCUGCAAGAACUUCUUCUGGAAGACCUUCUCCUCCUGCAAGUAGAACCCCACCGACUACUCAUGCAGGGAAGUGCAACGAUGGAGCCAAAUAAAAUGUAUCAAGCAGCCGUGACCUUUCUUUAUGCAGUUGCCUUCUUGUUUCUGUGUCAUUUGAAAAGUAUUUUUAAUUUAAGCUCCAGCGGUGCCCAAUACUGAGUGUCCUGAGUAAUCUGGAACCCUAAGUGAGUAUUUUUGAUAGACUUUUGUGGGUUUUGUUGUAUUGUGCUCAGUGCAGCCACGGGCCUUCCCCCCACCUUCACUCUCUCUGCCUUCCUUUGAUUUAAAACAGCUCAAGGCUAUAUAUUUAAGGGUUCAGAAUAACAUCUUAUUUCAGUUCAUAUUGAUAUAAAUUGUCUAAUUUAAAAAAUAUUGCCCUCAUGUUAAAAGCCAAUUUUUAACACCACUCAAAGAGCAAAAUAGUUAUUAUUCAUGAUUUAGCAAAAAUUUAUAUAGAAACAAAUGCCAUGCUAUUAAACAGACAUUAUGCUGACAUGUUCAUAAAAGUUACAUUCGAACCUGC